AAUGAAUUUAGACUAGGUUCUAGAUUCAAUAACAAGAUUGCCAAAAGUACCUUAGGAUAAUUUAAUACUUUCUCUGAUGUAUCAGGAAGCAUAUAAAUCGAAUAACCCUGAUAAAAAGGCUAGACAAGUUCAAUAACUUAUUUAAGCUUCCUUUAAAAAAGUCAGAAAAUAUUAAACCUCAAAAGAACCGAUCAAACCAAUAUUAAAUUAGGCUAGAUUUAAAUCUACAGAUUCCUUGUUGAAAAAUCUCAAAAUUAAUGAUAGUUUAGAGGAAAAGAAGGAGAAAAUCGAUUAUCUAAAUUUCGUUCAACCAAAAAAAAUAUUUUGA